AUGAUGAUAGAUGAUUAUAGAACUUGGAAUGAUUCGGCGCAUUAUGGAGCACAUACGAUAAGCAAUGCAAAAGAUCAUGGGACUGCCCAUGUUUCGGUAUUAGCUCCAAAUGGAGAUGCAGUAUCAGCUACUAGUACUAUUAAUUUCUAUUUCGGAAGCGGAGUAGUCAGCGAAAACACCGGAAUAUUAUUAAAUAAUGCAAUGAACGAUUUUGGUAUACCGUCAACAAUUAGUUACUUUGGAAUUCCACCCAGUCCCAAUAAUUAUAUCGCUCCGGGGAAAAGACCAUUGUCUUCUAUGGUACCUUCAAUCCUUGUCGACUCAAAUGACGAUGUAAGAAUGGUCAUCGGUGCUUCUGGUGGUACUAAAAUUACUACAACAGUUUCUCAGCUAAGAUCAUAUGGAUGA